GUAAAGACCAGCCGGCUCCCCUGAUGGCCAACCAGACCGGGUACGAGUGUGGGCCGUGUCCGGGAGACAUGAUCGGGAAUGGCGAGCAGUGCGAGGACUUGAACGAGUGCAUGCUGGAUGUGAACCACACCAGAGCGCACCAGUGUGUGAAUGCCGACUGCAUCAACACGGCGAGUUCGUACUUCUGCGACUGUUUCAAAGGGUACCACAAGAGCUUGGACGGCCAUGUGUGUGUGGACAUCAAUGAAUGCCGGCAGCCCACACCAAACGACUGUGAUGACAACCAUGGCUACUGCAACAACACGGACGGUGGAUAUGUUUGUGGCUGUCUGCCAGGAUAUGAGCUUCAAAGUGAUGGCAAAACAUGCUCGGAUAUAAAUGAAUGUCUUGUGAACAACGGAGGCUGUGACCGACAGUGCAUCAACACAGAUGGAGAACACGAAUGCGAGUGUGGAGCAGCCUAUGAACUUCAUUCCAAUGGCAGAACUUGCAUAGAGCUUGAUGAAUGCAAGGCUGGAAGCAAAUGUGAACAUCUCUGUGUCGACCAUGUGGGUUACUACGAGUGUCAGUGUCAUCCCCAUUUCAACCUUGAUGUUAACGCCAGGACAUGUACUCCCUUCUAUAACUGUUCAGUGAAUAACAGUUGUCAUCCACAACCUAUUGGUGGGUGUGCGGCAAACUCUACUGGAGCUGAGUUCUGUGUCUGUGACUUCGGCUACGAACUACAGGCAAACAACUCUUGUCAAGAUAUAGAUGAAUGCACUCUUGGGACUGACAUUUGUGAUGAGAAUGCAAAGGAAUGCCGCAACACCCCCGGCAGUUAUGAGUGCAUCUGUAAGGAUGGGUUUCAGCGCACAACACUGCACGGCGGGCGAAAGUGUGACAACAUUGACGAGUGCAGCGUGAAUAAUGGGAACUGCAGUCAGAAGUGUGAGGACACCCAGGGGUCAUUCUACUGCAGGUGCCAGAAGGGCUACCACCUGGACACAGAUGGAAGGACUUGCAUAAACAUCAAUGAGUGUGCCGCCAACACAACCAACGACUGCGCAAGCAAUGCCGUCUGUAGGGAUGAUCUUGGUGGGUUCCACUGCGACUGUAACCCGGGUUACGAAGGAGAUGGAUCACUGUGUGGAGAUAUAAACGAGUGCCUGCAGAAUGGAGAUGGCGGACAAGGAGGGUGUAAAGUCGGUUGUCGGAAUUUCCUGGGCGGCUACGAGUGCAUCUGUGCCCCUGGAUUUGUUUUGGCAAAUGACAGCGUCUCUUGCAUAGCAAAGAACUGGUGUGACAGUUCCCCCUGCGAUCACUUCUGCACCAGUCUUCAGGACUCCCACAACUGCUCCUGUAGGGACGGCUACAAGCUCCACGCAGAUGGACGCACCUGUAUUAAAAUAGAGUGCCAUACAGGUUGUCACGAGCACGCAGACUACGUCUUCAAUGGCACACACAACUUCUGCCGCUGCAAAACAGGUUGGAGCGGAGAUGGCAGUACCAUAUGUGAAAUAGAUGAAUCUGCUGGAUUUGGACUGGAGUUGUCCUUCGGAGGUCUUGUUUUCAACUCGGACAUGAGCGACUGCAGAACUGAUGGGUACAAGAAUGUGAGGAGGCAGAUAGAGUUGGCGCUGACCAUGUUCUUUGAGACCCACUUCAACCAGACCAUCCGCUCAGCAUUCCAGUCAGUGUCCACGACAGAGUUCAGAAGCGGAAGUGUCAUUGCCAACGCCAUAUUGUCAACUGAUCCCUUGGCUGCUCUGACCAAUGCAGACAUCACCAAGGCAUUUGUCGACGGAGCAAAGAACACCUCAAUUAACCUUCUGGGCCUCAAUGUGUCUGCCAUUACUUAUCGAGCUUUCUGCUACAAAGGGUACUGCCAGAACGGAGGUUCCUGUUCCAUUAAGGACAAUGCAAAGUCAUGCAGCUGCCCAUUACAGUAUACUGGAGCGAGAUGCCAGAUCAACAUUGUGUCGGUCGUCUCCGGGACAACUGCAGGCUUCUUUGCUGUCUUUUUGAUCCUUGGCAUCUUCAUAAUUGUCCUGAGGAAUCAGACACUGGAGGAAAAGGCUAAGAAAUACAAGCCAACAUUUGCCAAGCCUAGUCAUCAUUGGCUGGCUGACCCAUCAGCCAUAGACAAGGCAGACUCCCAGGAAAACUUGUACGACAUCCAGGUGACCAGGUUCCUUCCCGGGGUGCGCAAAAGGCACAAGUCUGCAUCACACACCAUCAGGAGCACGUCUUCUGUGGCCGGGGCUCUCAGGGACAAGGAGCUCUAUGAGGAGAUCUUCAUGUCAAGUAUGAGGUACCGUCUCCCCCGGCCUGUGAUCGACCCCCGGGCAUUGCAAGCCCUUCUGGACGCCAUCACACCAUCAAUAGAUGGAAGGCAGUCUGUGAGCACACGCAGCGUCAAGUCCAUAGACAUAGGGGAGAGAUUCAGCAUGGGUCGCACAGAUGAAGAUGCAUACAGCAUGGCUUUUGGUCCUGAGACGCAUGGAGAGGACUUCCACUUUGAUUUCACCUCAGAUGAUGAUGAUGCCAAGAGCCAUCUGAGUUUCACGUUCUUCUGUGAGAGCACCACCGAGCAGAACAUAGAUGACGAGGAGGUCUUUGAUGACAGCGCAUCGCAGAGGAGUGAGAUAGCAUUUGAGAUAGGUUCUCACACAACUGACGACACACACAGCGAGACAACAAGCUACACCUCGGAGAGCUCCUGGUCUGAUGCAACAGUCAUCAAUGCUGCUGUACCGAUGCCUCCCCAAGCUAGGCCUCGGCCACCCCCCAAUAUUAUGGGCUCUCUCGUCAACCGAUAUGCUAAAGACUGGCAAUUUGGUUACAAGAAAUUCUGAUGCUAUCAGCUUUAACUGUAAUUGUCAAGGAGAUAAAAAAGGCUUCCUAGGGGGUGCAGAAUGAGCUAAUCUUGAUGAGUUAAAACAUUUUAGUUCAUUGACCUCUGUCAAUUGACACUUGCUGUGGUGGUUUAAACUGACCAGCAUCUAACAUUAAGCAAGUUAAGGACUUUGUGCUCAUCAAAAAAUUAUCAAAAAUAAUCAUCGAAUAUAUAUAAUCCUGCUUUAAUCCUAUGUUAAGGACUUGACAUCAUCUACAAAACUUCUAUGCUGCAAACAGUUUUGUUGUUGUUUGCAUAGUGGUUUAGUUGCCAAAAAUUCAUGAAACGUUGCAAAUGGAUGUCAUUAGCGAAAGUGUAGAAUACAUUUAAUUGGAAACAGACAUCAUUGAUUGAUUCAUAUUAUAUUAGAGUUAGGUUUAACUUGGCUAUGUUUCUUUUCAGAGGAAUGUUAAAGUAACUAGUCAACAAUAAUUGUGUUAGUAUCUUUACUGAUUCAUUACAAUUAGCUACAAUGAAUUAAGUAAACCACAAUUUUUGUCUGUGUUGUUUUGCCUAGUAUCUAUACUCAAAUACGUAUUACUACUUAUCAUUAUAACUAACAUCUCAACAUGGAGAAUACUUCUCAACAAUGAAUAUACAAGACUAACUUAGAUAAGUUUGUAAAGAUCAUAUUUUGAGUAAGUGGAUAUCAAGACUAGUUUAAGAGUAAGUUCAUGUUACGGUACAUGUACACCUCAUUGUUUGAUAUGUUAAUACAUUUAAAUUGAAAUGAACUUAAGAUUGAAAAUGAGUGAUUAUCUAUAGGUUUAAAUGUUAGCCAAUUGUUAUGGAAUGGACUUUAUACUAAUAUUUUCUCACUAUCAUGAUUAUGUGUAUAAAGCAGGCAUCAAUCAAGCUGUUCUGUUUGAAAAUAUAAGGAACAAUACUUCCAUCUUCAUAAAAGAAAUGGACAAAGGCAUAUUUGAUUCAUUAUAGAGCUGUGUCAGCUGUCAUUGUGGCAUUUUAUUAACAUAAGCAAAAACCUGUUUAUUGUACAUGUUCCUGAUUUAGGUUCCAACAUAUGAAACCGUUCCAGAAUUAAUCUAACAGCUACAUAGUACAUAAUUAAGACACAGUCGAAGAUGACAAGUGGUUUGAUGCCUGGAUAAUCUAUGUUACAAACAUGUUACAUUGUUAGUCAUUGUUCUAUGUGUACAUGUAUUUUAGCUCUGCUUAAAUUGAGGUUGACCUGAUUAGGAUUUUUAAUAACUUCUGGUCUUCCGUGUACUUUUUCUGGGUCCAAUAUGUUGUGUGCAAUGAUGAAAAAAUACUAGUAACAGCACUCACUGGUGCAGUAUUGUGCACUUUUUUAAAUUGAAUUAUUUAGCAGAUUCUCCUGCCUCAUGUGCAAAAUAAAAUAAAACUAACCAUGAUGUAGCAUGAUGUCAACUAUUGUAUGAUACUUGGACCUUUUCUAUCCCCUUAAAACCCCUCUUUCCACCUUGUACAUGCGCCAACAGGAAGGGGUAAUGAGCAGUUCAUAACAGUACUUUAUCAUCAACAUCUCGCAAUGUCCAAUCCUUGCAAGACAGGGAACAUUGACCGUAAAACUGGAUGGUGAGUGAGUGAGCACAUAUUUUCCUUCUUCACCCUACACCAUUUUAUAAAUUCAUCUCUAAUACAUGUAUGUAAGCCAUUGAAUUUGUAUGGCUGAAAGCCAUUCCUGUGUCAAACAAGACAGUCACAGUAUGACCGCUUUGCAACUGCUAGCCAAAAAAAA